AUGCCGAACUACGAGGGCCCAGUGCCUAACUCACGGUCGUUGUAUGGAUGGGCACCCGGAUCUGAUGACGAGGAUGGUGCUGCGCGCGAAGAGUCAGAAGAUGAUCAGAUGCAGCCCUUCCUCCAUUCCAGAUUUAUAUUGACUAUUCUCGGAAUUUCCUACCUUUAG